GGACGAUAGGUUUGAUGAGAUGAGAUGAGAUGAGAUAGAUAGGAGAGAGGAGAGAGAAACCUACGAAAGCAAAGAAACUUCAUUCCUCCUCACAUUUUACAUGGCGAUUUCGAUUCUCGAUCCCAUCGAUACCUAACAACCCCUUGACCAGCAAUCAGCUAAUCACCACCCAAACCCUAAUUUGAUUGAAUUCAAAGCCGAUUCGAUUGCUUCGCUGAAAGCUCUCUACCGCCUUGCCAUGCGACCCUGGUUCUCUGCGAUCUCCCUCUCGAGAGAGGACUUUUCGUUGACUUCCAAUCGAGACUACUGUUUCGAAUCUUUUCAACCCGAUUCUCGUAGAUUCAGCUAUGGCCGCCACCAAUACUCACAGCCCUAGCUCCAAAGGCCUCCUCUGCAAUGCUGCUUCUGGUGCCGCCGCUGGAGUUAUUGCAGCAACGUUUGUGUGUCCUUUAGAUGUUAUCAAGACUAGGUUUCAGGUUCAUGGUCUAUCAGCGCUCAGUAAUGGAACUAAUAAAGGUAGUGUCAUAGUUGGGAGUUUGGAACAAAUAUUUCAAAAGGAGGGUUUGCGUGGUAUGUACCGUGGGCUCUCACCCACUGUGCUGGCAUUGCUUCCAAACUGGGCGGUUUAUUUUACAAUUUAUGAGCAGCUCAAAAGCUUUCUUUACUCGGAUGAUGGGAAUCAUCAACUUUCAAUUGGUGCUAAUGUGGUAGCUGCUUGUGGUGCUGGAGCUGCAACAACAAUUGCUACGAACCCUCUUUGGGUUGUGAAGACAAGACUUCAGACUCAAGGAAUGAGAACAGGUGUGGUGCCAUACAGGAGUACACUGUCUGCUUUGAGAAGAAUUGCUCAUGAAGAGGGUAUUCGUGGAUUAUACAGUGGUCUUGUGCCUGCAUUGGCUGGUAUCAGUCAUGUUGCCAUUCAAUUUCCAGCAUAUGAGAAAAUCAAAAUCUAUUUGGCCAACCGUGGAAACACUACAAUGGAUACACUCAGUGCAAGUGAUGUUGCUGUUGCCUCCUCAGUUUCCAAAAUAUUUGCAUCAACAUUGACAUAUCCACAUGAGGUAGUACGCUCCAGGCUACAAGAACAAGGUCACCACUCCGAGAAACGAUACUCUGGUGUCGUGGACUGCAUUAAGAAAGUAUUUCAACAAGAAGGCAUCCCCGGUUUUUACCGAGGGUGUGCCACCAACCUGCUCAGGACUACACCAGCUGCUGUAAUUACAUUCACCAGCUUUGAAAUGAUUCAUCGGUUUCUUGUUAAUUUGUUUCCUCCUGAUCCACAGCCUCACGCAUUGUGAAGAUUGAUCAUGUUCAGCUCAAGGAUCUAGUGGCAGAAAAACCAUUUUGCAAAUUGGUGCAUCAUUCAACAGGCAAAGCAAACCAGGCCAAACCUAUUUUGUUUGGAUGAUUGUUGUUCCGGAAUUGGUUGUGUUUCUAUUGUUUUUGGUAGCUUUUAGCAACAAAUAUUUAUUAGCAAUUACACAUUGUGAACUCAUGCAAUGAUAAGUCUCCUGAUGGAGAGUGAGGAGGAGGAUUACAAGUUAUACUGACAGUGAUAAUGAUGAUAAAGUGAAGUAAAAUACAGACUUUAAUUUGUUUGUUUUUC